AUGAAGUUACUAGGUUUUGUUAUGUUGUUGUUGGGCAGUAGCAUCAUGGCAAAUGGUGCAGUUUCUGGAGCAAUCAGCAUUAUCAAUAGUGAAGGACCAUACGUUGGCAUAGUGGUGCCAAAUACCUUUGAGUUGGAUCCUCUUCUUCGUUCAUCAAACUUUGUGCCUCAUCAAAAGUUUCCUUUGUUUGAUUAUGCAGGAAAACAUUUUCGCAUUGGUGAAUUGGAAAAUAAGAGGGUUAUAGUUGUUAUGUGUGGAUUGGGAAUGCUAAAUGCAGGUAUUUCCACCCAAUUGUUGCUUACUUUAUUUGAUGUGGAAGGAGUUCUCCAUUAUGGAAUUGCAGGAAAUGCAAAUCCUAAACUCCAGAUUGGAGAUGUGACAAUUCCACAAUAUUGGGCACACACAGGACUUUGGCAAUGGCAGAGGUUAGGAGAAGUAAAUGGAGAUUUCAGCACAAAAUUUGGUUAUCUAGAAUUUGCUGAUUACAAUAACUGCACAAAAGAUAUAGACACAAAUAUCAAUCUUUUGAACAAAGUGUGGUAUCAACCAGAGGAAAUUUUCCCUGUGAAUGGAAUUCCUGAAGCUAGACACGAGAUUUUCUGGGCUCCAGUUGACAAGACUUACUUUAAAAUUGCAGGAAAACUCAAGCAUGUUAAAUUGGAGAGUUGUGUCAACACAACGUGUUUGCCAAGGAAGCCUAUUGUGACAAGAGUUGAGAGAGGGGUUACAGCCAAUGUGUUUGUUGACAACAAAGCUUACAGAGAAUUUUUGUACUCCAAAUUUGAUGCAACUCCUGUUGAUAUGGAAAGUGCUGCUAUUGCAUUGGUAUGCCUCCAACAAAAGAAACCUUUCAUUGCCAUUAGAGCAUUAUCUGAUUUAGCUGGUGGAGGGUCUGCAUUGUCCAAUGAAGUAGAUGUGUUUGCCUCCUUAGCAUCUCAGAAUUCAUUUGAAGCUCUUGUCAAGUUCAUCUCCCUGUUAAAUUAG